UUCAGUUCUCCUUAUGCCAUAUGAUAAGCGAUGUACGGGGAAACGCUACAAGAGGAAUUACCAAUCAUUACCGACGCCCAACGGUAUCAUACAGACGACACGCUUACCGACACGAAUCGGACAUGUACCAAAAUCGCAUUUACUUGAACAAUGCUUUCACGAGAGCAACACGAUGUAGAAAGCAAAAGCCACUGAAAAACAAAAAAAACGGAAAAUAAACAAACUUCUAAAUUAUUGCAAAAUAAAAUCCUUAUAAAUAAAAGCAUCUCUUUCUACCGAAAACUACACCAAAGAAUAAGAUACACCAGUAACACAGCAAAUAAUGGCAGCGAAGAGCGCGUGAGAUUAGGUAGCAUCAAUCAUCAUACAUUGUUCAAUGUACUGUCAGCAGAUGCCACUAAUGGCAGUUGACUGUGCUUCGUUUUGGCAAAAAGGUGAAGGAGGAAUGUGGAUAGAAUUGGUUAGUUUUUAUAAUACAUACUAUCCUGCAAAACGAAUUUCAUUUUGCCCUCCCUACAUAUAAAAAGGUUUUAAUAGCCUUACCAAUAAGCGUGCCGAGCUUAAAUUUUAUUUGUUUAUAGCGAAAGACAUCUCAAAAGAUAGCUGUGUGGCUUCCAUUCGUGUUGCAACAAUUGAUAUGUUACCUUUCUGCAUUGUAUAUGUGAUGAGAGAAGAAUCAUAUUGGGAGCAGAUUACGAAUAUUGAUGAAUUGGUGCAGUUAGAAAUUUAUGUCACAAAAGUUUAAAAGUAAAAAAAUGAAAAAUAAUGAGUACCUUGACCAGCGAUAACCGAUGCUUCUUCUACAAUUUCUCUGUCAACAAAAGGCAAAACAUUACAAAACACAACCGGAAGCUAAGAGCCAGAUAGUCCCAGAACUAUCAAUCCUGUUGCGCAUUUCAAAUUUUAAUGUUUGCCCAAGAACAGAAAAGCAUUUAUCUUUUUGGUUUACCAGCUCUUGUACAGAACGUGCUAAUUGGUCGUUCUACACUCUCAACACCCCAUCCAAAGCCAUUGACGGGCGUCAGCAUGACAAUGAAGCUUCAGCACAAUGGUACACUCAGCAACAGCCUCAUCUUCGCUUCUUCUGGGCUUUGUGUAAGAGAUUGAAGAUUGUGGACAAUUUUACCAACAAACCCCUUCAGCUCGUCAGCUGACGUUGUAGAUAAAUGUUUACUUGUAUAAGGACCGUUCGGUCUACAGAGAUUCGUUCAACCGACUGCCAGUUCUAGCAACACAUUGAGCAACGACCGUUUCAUCCUUUCCCUCCGGGUUUGAGGGUGAAGUUAAUGAACUUUCACUUUUGCUGCUCUUCUUUGCUGCUCCACGCUGUUGCCUCAACAGGCGAACCAUCACGACAUGUUUGUUAUACAUACCCGCAGCUCUGAUGACGGUACACUGCUGCAAGAUGCACGACAUGGUUUUUAUGAGAUGAUUUUAACUUUUAUCAAGACAAUGUGAUUUACGCGGAUUUCUUUUUAUCAUUCCUCGUACUCAGGUACGAAGCGCAUGUCACUAGUUGACUUGAAUAAAGGCGUAUGAGAUUUAUUCGGUACAAAUCGCAAUUUUUUCCUAACAUCUCUCUCGCUAACUUUUGAGAAAUUUUACCAUGCAGGUGAAAGAUAAUUAGAGAGCGUAGGUCACAAUGCUGAGGAAGACAAUGUCCCAGCAAGAAAAGAAAUGUUAGUAUUGUAAUGUUUUCCGUCGGUGGAUCGAACGACCGGAAAGCUGUGACCACUAUGGUUGCUAUCAUGUUUUUUGGCAUGCCAGACACAACUUGAACCGAAAGAAAAUCUUCGCUCUUGGUCCAAGUUUCGUUGUGCGAAACCAUAUGAUGGACAGAUGGACGUGUUGCUAUUGUGCGACAUUUGUUAACAUCCAAGCCUAGCCGUGCCGAAAGGUCAUUGAGGACAUACUUCCAAAGUUGUUGCUUCGCUCAGAAACAUUACGGUGACCAUAAAAUUUAUCCCACAUAGCGCCGGCCGCAGAUUUGGACCAAGUAGAAGCUUGACCUUUUUCUUUUGUUGUUCUGUGCGAGACAGAAACAUGAUUUCGUUCUUGAGAUUUUUCCCGAAAUGGUGUGAGGCCGUAGGAAAACUUUGGCUGGUUUAGUUGCUGGUCACGAUUACCUUCAGUGACAUUGAGUUCGAUUCGAUUUUAAUGGCUCAUACAAUCAUUGAUUGAUUGUGAUAGACUGCGAUUCAUCGGAGCAUACAUGUUUAACUGCGUCUUGAUGGGAGUGUGCCUUCGCAAUUAUCAAGUCAAGCUCAUUGCUAAUGGCAUAGCGCAAGAGUUUGUGGCGUCAACCACGACAAACGAAACGCAGCAAACUAUAGCUGGUGUAUUGUACAAACAUCAUCAAAAACCUUUUCAUAUCGUGACAUGUACUAAAUUACCUGACGAAACAUGCCUGAACAUGUGCUUACGCAAGUUAUCAGAGAAGGAGAAUUGGAUGAAAAAAAAUUAAUGCAAAUAAUCAAUAAAAUGUGAUCGUCGUAAACUUGCGUGAAACUCAAUGACCGUUCCGUACGAUUAAUAUUUCGUUGCUAUAUCACAUCCUUGUAGUGUGAUUAUGCCAUUUUUAAUGUAGAGAACUGAUGAAACUGUAAACGAACUGGCUGAAGAGAGGGUUAUACUGGUUGAUUCUGGGUUAAUUCAAGCGUUAUAUCUUCACAACAAAAAUCGUGUUUAUUGAAAAGGCAAUGGAAGUUUAAAAGAAGGCUGUCGCCGAAGUACGAGAGGGGAGACCUGGUAUAUAAAGAAUUCUCACACCUAAUAAAACAAUGUACUCCGACCAAUUUACUGCUAAGAUCCAUUUUCAACCUUUUUCUAUGAACCUGUUCUGAGAAAGUGAGCGAAUGUGCAAACGAAAUCAUACGCCAACAUGCGUUAUUUGCGUGUAAAUAUUGUUUUUACCAGAUGAUUUAUUGGUAUAAAUUGUCAAAUACCAUGACCGUAGACAAAAAUAGUUUCACAUAGUAACAGCAGAAUACUAGUGAUACUUUAAAGAAAGCAAAGUGGUAAAGCGAUUCACAAGUACAAAAGUGAGUAAGAAAAUUAUUAUUUGACAUCCCGUGCAAUGAAAAAUUAGUACAACGCGAAACUUUGUUACACUGUUAAUUUCUCCUAGUAUACAGUUCAGUUAUCCAUAUGAUCAUUGUUAAAUUUGCAAAGAUCUUUUCAUAUCGAACCCAAUUUUUAAUAUGCUAAUGAGUAUUGAAUGUUCAAAAAAUGUUGUAAAAUUGAUUGAAUAAUCUACAUUUUGCUGUGAUUUUACCUAUCUGCAAAACACUUUUUAAUUGAAUAUCUUUCACAUUCGACCAUUUGCAUUCCACUAGAUUUGGAGAUGCCAAAGCGUAAAAAUACGGAGCCAUUGCUUGAUGCUACUGCAAACAACCCGAUUUAGCCUUGAUUAGUUCAUACCUUAGAUUACUUGAAUACAAUCUUUUAGAUCUUUUAAUUAGGAAGCAUGCCAGCAAACGUACCCAGUAUUUUACGUCUCGACUGAAUUUCUCGUUAACUUAAGUGACUGCAUAGAAAUGUGAUCGAACGAAACCUUUUGAAAACGCUCCCGGAAGAAACGGACCGGUGACGAUAUCGAUGCGUAGCUGACCCUGACACUUGUACGAACAUUGAUCAUACUCGCGUGUACUAAAUAGAGCAUAUUCCACCGGAGCAGAUCAAAUAAGGUAGCUUGGGCCACUAAACAAACGAAUGAAAAAACGCUAUUCUACACGUUCAAACACAGUGCACUCCACACUAAGCAACUGGGAAUUGUAGGGUAUUACUACUACAUCAUCCAAUAUCUGCUCAUCUUUCCCGUGGGUUAGUACGCGUUACCUUAAGCUAUGCUAAGGAAUUUCUUCCAACACUUACCAAGAGCGAUAGCGAUAAGGAACAAAAGCACAAUAUGGAAGAAGACGUAGAUCGGUUGGAUAGCUAAAUGAAAUAAUAAACUCUCUCGUUCUCAGUGGCACUCUAUAGCAGGAUAAAUUAAGGAACUACUCUUCUCUGCCUCUGGUAGGACAUACGCACUGCAUACAAUAUGUUAUGGUACGCUUUUUUUUAAUGAAAUAUAAAAGCAAAAAAACAUCAAAUCGGCAUUAUCGGCACGUGAGCUAGACAACUUGCAGAUGGAAGAGGCAGAAGCGUGUAGAAUGGGGUAGAAUGAAUGUAACGGACGCAAACGAACAUACGGGGUUGACAGAGAAAUUGUCGGAAAUGCUAUAGAUAAUACAA